AACUAUUGCUAUCUCAAUCGCACCCUGUUGCAUAAAUUGUGCGAUUUGAAUUACAAAACGAUUGGAAAACAGAAGAAGAACCAACCAAACCAAGCCAAGCAACCAACCAAGCAUCUCUUCUUCGUCAUUCAACCUGUACGUUAUGGUCGUGUACCCAAGCGUUCCCGUGAGCUGAACGGAGCUGCCGCCGUCGUUACAGCAGCAACUGUUGCAGCUGUUGGCUCCACAUCCACGGCAUCCAACAAUAGCAAUUGCUCAUCCACAACCAAUGCAAGUUUAAAUGUAGAUGAUUUGCAUACAACUUCAUUGCAGCAGCAGCAACAACAACAACAACAACAAUUGAUACAACAACAACAACUACAACAACAACCGCAUGCGAGCAGCAGCGUUCGCGUGAAUACACCAAGUACACCACAAACGCCACAAAUGUGUUCGAUUGCCUCAUCGCCAACGGAGCUGGGCGGUUGCAAUAGUGCCAACAACAACAACAACAACAACCACAACACAGGUAACAACAGCAGCAACAACAUCAACACCAACAGCAAUACCAACAACAAUAGUAAUAGUAACAUCAAUGCAAUUGGUGGAGCCAGCGGCGUAAGUGUAGGAGUUGUUGUAGUCGCCGGUCAUCAUCAUCAGCAUCAGCAACAUCAGCAUCAGCAACAUCAACACCACAACCAACAUCAACAGCAACAACAACAACAACAGCAACAACAAAUGCAAAUGGUGGGCACAACUAGCUCCAUGGAUGGCACCAGCCAGGUGGCCAUGUGUCAUGAUGGUUUAGUUGGCACAGCAAAUGAACUGACUGUCUAUGAUGUGAUUAUGUGCGUAUCGCAGGCACAUCGCCUAAAUUGCUCCUACACCGAGGAGUUGACACGCGAACUGAUGCGACGUCCAGUGACAGUGCCACAAAAUGGCAUUGCCACCACAGUAGCCGAAAGUUUGGAAUUUCAAAAGAUCUGGCUAUGGCAACAAUUCUCGGCACGUGUAACGCCCGGCGUUCAACGGAUUGUUGAAUUUGCAAAACGCGUACCUGGCUUCUGUGAUUUCACACAAGAUGAUCAACUGAUACUCAUCAAGCUGGGCUUUUUCGAAGUGUGGCUAACACAUGUGGCACGUCUGAUCAAUGAUACAACUCUAACGCUGGACGAUGGUGCCUAUCUGACACGUCAGCAGCUAGAAAUACUCUAUGAUACGGACUUUGUGAAUGCGUUACUAAACUUUGCCAAUACACUGAAUGCCUAUGGCCUGAGCGAUACUGAAAUUGGCCUAUUCUCGGCCAUGGUGCUGUUGGCCUCAGACCGUGCUGGCUUGAGUGAACCAAAGGUUAUAGGACGAGCCCGGGAACUGGUUGCCGAGGCGCUGCGCGUUCAAAUUCUACGCUCAAGAGCGAGCUCAACGCAGGCUCUGCAAUUGAUGCCAGCUCUGGAGGCUAAAAUACCAGAGUUACGGUCAUUGGGUGCGAAACAUUUCUCACAUUUAGACUGGUUGCGAAUGAAUUGGACCAAACUGCGUUUGCCGCCCCUAUUUGCCGAGAUCUUUGAUAUACCCAAGGCAGAUGAUGAGCUGUAAAUCGAGUGGGGCAAUGUGCGGAUACGUGCAACGUAACAAAAAACAAAGCAACAGUAACAAAAUCGUAUAGUUAUGCUCUGUAUA